GGGACCCGUUGGGAAGCAGUAAGAAAACACAGACAAGAAAGGAGCGUGUGAAGACAAAGAGAAAAAUAAAGUGAGACCCAAAAGAGAGAAAGAAAGAAAGAAAGGAAGUAGUACUCUGUUUUUCUUUUAGAAAGUUAAACAAACCUUCAAUGGCUCCUCCACAUCUCUUAUCUGUAUAAAGAAACCUUCACGAGGGGGAUCAUCAUCAUCAUCAACCAGAAGCCAAAGAAAGACGGAGACACGUUUUUAUCUAAUUUUCUUUCCUUUGCAGAGAAACAACCAACAAACCUCAAAAUUACACCAUAAAAUAGCCACCAAUGCUGCUAAGAAACUCCAUUUCCAACACCAAAAAGUUCUUCCGGAAAACCCUACAAAGCUUCAAGUCUUUGUUUUCCGGAGACUACCAAAGGCUUCCCAAAUCCCCUCCUAACAAUCCCUUUUCUUACACGCCCAGCUUGGACAUGAAUUUUGUCCAACCUACGACGACUGAUCACAACGAGUUGGACAAGUUCUACACUGACUUCACCAACAAAUGGGAUUCGGACAAAGACAGGGCAAAGAAGGGGAGCAAGAAACAAGAAACAGAGGUUUAUAGUGGGAGCUUCAUGGAGUUCUCGCAGACCUACCCGACGAAGAAGAAUCAUAAUCAUCAUGAGGAGAUCAUGAAAAGACGAGAAGAUCAUUCGUGUUCUAAAGGCCGUACCCGUACGCGAGGGGGAAAGGCAAACUGGUUGGUCGUACAAAAGCUAAAGGAGUUGGAGAUGUUGGAUAUGAGUAAUGUGGAUCAUCUGUUGGACAUAGAAGAGGUUCUUCAUUACUAUUCUCGCCUCACUUGCCCGGCCUACCUUGACAUUGUCGACAAAUUUUUCAUGGACAUGUGCGCCGAAUUCUUUGGUGCCGGAACGUUAACACCUGCGCGCAGCAUGAUCAGUACUUCAAGGCUGAGGCCACGAUCAGUAAGGUCGUAGACUUUCCUCUUUGGAGAUAUGUAUUUGGAGAGUUAGUGAAGCAAAAGAGAGAAGAAAGUCUGCAGAAACAUAAUUGAAGACUUUCUUUUGCAUGCAUGUGAAUUGUGAAGUACCCCAAGUUUCUUUUAUUUUUAAAAUCUGUCUUCUCGAUUGAUUCGCUUUGUUCAUAGACUCGAUCCCGUUUGUUGAUUAUUGUUUGGGGUACUGUUUUCUAAAUAAUUUCGGCUUAUUUAUUUUUCUUUC